AGCAUAAUCUCAUUAAAAAAAAAUGGCAACCACUGUUUUUCGCUUAUCCUUGCUUCUGAUAUUACUAUCAAAUGCAGUCUCUGAUCUAUGCAACCCACAAGAUAAAAAAGCAUUGCUCCAAAUCAAGAAAGACCUCAACAGCCCUUACCUUCUAGCCUCAUGGAACCCAGACGCCGAUUGCUGCACUGACUGGUACACCGUCGAGUGCGACCCCAAUACCCACCGUAUCAACUCCCUUACUAUCUUCGACUCCUCCACCUCACACACCAAUUUCUCCGCCCAGAUCCCUCCCUCCAUCGGCCUGCUUCCAUACCUCGAAACUCUCGUCUUUAAAAAACUUCCAAACCUCACAGGCCCACUCCAGCCCGCCAUUGCCAAACUCACCAACCUCAAGUUCCUCAGAAUCAGUAACACAAAUUUAUCAGGCCCGGUUCCUUCCUUCUUAACCCAACUCACAAAUCUCACGUUUUUAGACCUCUCUUUCAACAACCUUACCGGUUCAAUCCCCGGUUCACUCUCUCAGCUUCCAAAACUCGCCGCACUUCACUUGGACCGUAACCACUUAACUGGUUCGAUCCCUUCAUCGUUUGGUUCGUUUAAGUCCAGUUUAUAUCUCUAUCUCUCCCAUAACCUUCUCAAUGGUUCCAUCCCAACCUCGUUUGUAAACCUCAACCUGCAGAAUUUGAAUGUGAGUUACAACAGGUUGUGCGGUGAGAUUCCGGUUGGUGGAAAAUUGCAAAGUUUUGAUGUUUAUGAAUAUUUUCAUAAUAAGUGCUUGUGUGGUUCUCCACUUCCCAACUGUACCUGAUCCAUAACUAUAAUUAGGCGCCAAAUAAAGAAGUAUGUCAUGAAUUUUCUACCAUUGUGAAGCAAAACAGUAAAUUUAACUCUAUCCCCUCCCCUCCCCUCCAAACUCCCAAACAUAAUCUAAGUGAAUAAAUCAGCUAGUUGCUCAAAUGAUGAAAUAGGUAGCAAAUGAAAGAGAUGUUUCAUCUUUUUCUUAACCAAAUGACACUUUAACUCUAUCUGUUUUAUUCUCUUAUGUAAUGAAGAAUUGGGUGUAAUAUAAAUAUAUCUUACAUAUUGGUUAUCACAAUACAACAAUGUUGGAAAAAAGAAUAAGGCUAUAAAGAGAUUUUUGUGAGAAAUUAGUAGGAGAAACUAUUUCAUUUCCGAAAGCGUUUUUUUUUUGAAAAAAUUGACUUAUUUCGGAAGUUCAUUUCCGAAAACAUUAUUUCGGAAGUUCACUUCCGAAAUACUGCGAUUUCUGCAGAUUUAUCAAAACACUCCCCCUCCCCCAAUCAUUUACCCUAAAUCAAAACAAAAAGUGGCAAAGGCGAAAAUUUGUGCAAACAAAAUUCCAAAGCUGCAUCAAGGCUCCAAUCACACUGCUAAACAACAUUCAAAAGCCCUCAAUCCUAACACUUUGAACAUGUCAGGCAACCAACCAGCACGCAGGACUGCGUCUUCUAAAGAGGGCGCUAAGGGAAGAAAGGGUUCUUCAAAGAAGGAGGUGAAAGAGGUGAAGGAGGUGAAGGAGGUGAAGGAGAAGAAGAAGCUUUUGACUGGUUCUGCUUCUCGUCCCCUGGGGGUCCAUGGCUCGGACGUGUAGGCUCAGCCUUCAGGCGUGAUCAACGCUGAUGGUUCUGAUACUGAGUGGGAUGAGGAUUGGUAUAAUUAUCUUCAUUCGGAGGAGUUCGCUCGUCGGGAAGAAUAACGUGUUUUUAUUUUGUUUGAUGUGUAUUUUGUAACGCUCGUCGGGCAGAAUAACAUGUUUUUGUUUUGUUUGACGUGUUUUGUUUUGUUUUGUUCUGAUUUCGGAUUGUAUCGCA